AGGGAUUUGGGAUUCGACCUUUGAUCAUAGCCGUAUCAAAGCGAGCCUAGAGUGCUAACCAGCUGCUUUCUUGUCCCGCAAUGUCCUUUAGCGAUGUCUACAGCCUCUAAAAUCGUUCUCGGGUUAUCCGUGGUACUGACUGUAGGCACCGUGGCUGGAGUGCACCUUAAGCAGAAUUGGGACAGACAGAGGCUUCGAGAGGGAGUUCUGCGAGACCUGGAGCGUGUGGAGAGGAAGCGCGAGAACCAGCGCGCCCUCGAGGAGCAGAUCCGCCUCACCAGGGAGCUCGUGACACACAGAGAGCAGCAGGAAGCUGAAAGCACUCAACGUUCGUGA